CAGUGUUUUAAGAUAAACACCAACCAAAAUGGCGUCAAACGCCCUAGCUCAGAUGCUUGACGAAUUAAUGGGCCGUGAUAGGAAUUUGAACCCAACAGAGAAACGAAACGAUCCUAAGUGGGAUGAUCCAGAUGUCUGUAAAUAUUAUCUGGUCGACUUCUGUCCAAGUGAACUCUUCACAAAUACUCGCGCUGAUUUAGGAUUGUGUGAGAAAAUACAUGAUGAUCAUCUGCGAAAAGAGUACAAGAAAAGUUCAAGAAGUGGCAGAUUAGGGUUUGAAGAUGACUUUCUGCGCUAUCUGCAGACACUAAUCAAUGAUGUGGAAAAACGUAUUCGUCGAGGACAUCAGAGACUGGCACUUAGCAACCAGCAGAACAGCAUGAAUGGCAAUCCACAAAGUCAGAAGGAAGAAAAGGUCAAAAUGCUCACCGAAAGGAUUAAUGAACUCGUUCAUAAGGCUGAAGAGCUAGGAUGUGAGGGAAAGGUUGAGGAAGCACAGGGAAUCAUGAAACUGUGUGAUCAACUGAACGAGGAAAGGGCCCAACUACAAAAUCAACAACCUACAACUGACCCCUACAGUGAGACCCUUAAAGCUAUGGAAGUGUGCACAGUGUGCGGGGCUCUGUUGGUUGUGGGUGAUGCCCAGCAGAGAGUUGAUGAACACAUAAUGGGCAAGCAGCACUCGGGGUAUGCCAGGAUCCGGGCUUACGUGGAGGGGAAAAGACAGCGCACUCGUGAGGAGGAGGAAGCUAGGGAGUCCAAGCUACGUGCCGAGCGUGAGGAACGAGAGAAAGAGCGGGAACGUGAACGGGAAGAGCGCAGGAAAAAGGAGGAGGAGAAGCAGAAGGAACGCGAAAAGGAACGGGAGGCGAGAAAGGAGCGGGAACGUGAGAGAAAGAAGAGGUCAAGGUCGCGUAGCAGGAGUCGAAGGUCAAGGAGUAGGGACAGGAAGAAGAGAUCCCGCAGCCGUAGUCGUCACCAUCGUCGUGGUUCCAGAAGUAGGUCACGUGACCGGCACCACAAGUCGUCACGGCGACAUCGCAGUCGUAGCAAGGAUAGGAGGAGGAGCAAGGACCGCAGUUCUAGCAAGAAGUCAAGCAAGGAGAGAAGUGGAACUAGAAGCAAGUCUCGAGACAAGGGCGCUAGUGGAGACAGCGGAAAACACAAGGAUGAAGCACAAAAGGUCAAAGAGGAGCCAAAAACAGAUGAGGAGCCCAAAGCUGAAGCUCAGCCAGAGCCAGAGACCAAGACAGAGCUUGAAAGCCCAAAAGCUGAACCCGCUGAAUCCUCUGAGCCCACUGAAAGUAACUGAAGGUGAUUUAGCCCGGAAUUACAGAUGCAGGGUGGACGUCUUCCCACUGUUCAGGUGAUGCCGAUGAUGGCCAACCACAGAAGGUCACAUCUUCGCCGGAUUCCCCUUGUCGUUCUGUCAAUAUCGGUAUACUAAUAGUCCAACAUGUAAAAUAUUAAAUGAACUUUUUUUAUAUAUAUAUGUUAUUAUUCCAUUUAUCAUGUUAUUUUGACCUUGUUUGGUAAUUGUUUUGUAAGUGAAAUAUUUUGCUUUGAAUGAUUGUGUACGAUAAUGAACUGAUGCUAACUUGAGCGUUUUAACUGUAAAUAAAAGUAUUCGAUUUAUAUCAUCGAACAAGUCCUGCUCAUUAGAAAUGAAUGAUUUUUUUAUGUAGCAAAUUAAAAAAUAAGAAGAAGAGUCAAGUUAAUAGUGUAGCAAAAUAAAAUACACUACAAUGAGUGCUAAAUUGUUUUAAGAGUUUGUCAUUAAACCUUUUUUACCAUUUUUGAUUUAAAAUAAAAAGAGUUUGUUUGCCCUAAUUUUCCAAUGCCAUAAUUUGUUAACAUUGACACAUGUACAUUAAUUUUUUUAUAAAUGUCUUGACGAAAUUUAAUAAUCAUUUAAAUUUCUUAACAUGUAUUUAAAUAUUCUGGCUAUUUCUUCUAAUAACAUAUUUUCAUUUAAUAAGAAUAACAAAAUACAUUAUACUUCCAUGUUUUAACGUUAUUUUAAGAAAAAAUAAUAAGCUGCUUUAAGAAUAAUUAUUGAAAUGAACAAUUAGUGUUCUUAAUAAACACCUUUGCUGUAUCAUUGUUUUGUAUGUUGUUAUUGUAAAUAAAUGAUGAUUAGUA